GUUCUGAGCAGCUUGCUGCUCAGCUACGCGUAACGCAAGAGCUGUACUCAGAAGCUGAAAAGCAAAGGGUGCGCCUACUUCUUCAAAGUGUGGUGGUAGGAGCAGGUCCACCAGGAAUUUGUGCAGCAAGGAGUUCCAGAAGGCAAGAUGCAAUUAAUGGUCAGCACCGCUGACGAGCGGAUUGUGACGCUCGAUGUGGAGCAGGAUGAGCAGGUGGAGAACGUGAAAGCAAUCCUGGAGGUUGAGACUCAGAUUCCUCUUCGGAAUCAGCGCCUUCUCUUCAACGGCCGCAACCUCCCCAAUGACGCAAGACUCAAUGGUUGCGGAGUCAAAGAUGGGGACCUGCUCAUGGUAGUAGAAGCAUCCCAGGAGCGUCAAGCUGCUGACAACCCGUUGAUGGUAAACCCUGACGGAUCGGCUGCAAACCCGGUGGCUCUUCAAAGACACUUGCAGAACGAUCAAAACCUGAUGCAGCAGCUGAAAACGGCUGACUCUGCUCUGCACCACGCAAUCAUGAAUGGGCCCAUAGACAGACUCCAAGACCUUUUGAAGGAGCGGCAUCGCCAACGACAGGAAGCUGAACGACGAAGGCAGCAAGAGAUUGCGGACAUGAACGCUGACCCGUUUGACGUUGAAGCACAGAGACGGAUUGAGGAGCGGAUUCAACAGGAGAACAUCGACGAGAAUAUGGGGAAUGCGAUGGAGCAUAACCCGGAGGCCUUUGGCAGAGUGGUCAUGUUGUACGUGGACAUGGAAGUGAACGGGAUGCCCCUGAAGGCGUUCGUGGACACCGGCGCCCAGUCUACCAUCAUGUCAGAGGCGUGCGCGAAGCGGUGUGGGAUCAUGCGACUCGUCGACAAGCGGUACCACGGUAUAGCAAAGGGCGUCGGCACCAGCAAAAUCAUUGGGCGCGUCCAUCUCGCUACGAUCAAAGUGGGGCAGGUCUUUCUGCCGUGCACGUUCACCAUCCUCGAGAACCAGGACAUGGAGUUCAUCUUCGGGCUGGACAUGCUGCGCAAGCACCAGUGCGUCAUCGACCUCAAGGACAGCAGCCUCCGCUUCGGCUCGUCCGACAUCGCCGUUCCGUUCCUGCCGGAGCACGAGAUUCCGCGCUACCUCUGGGACGAGCAGACCCCCUCGGAUAGCCCAAAAGCUCCGCUCCCGACGCCCCCGCCGGGAAUUACGGACGCUCCAUCGACGUCGGCGGGGGGCGCCGGCGGGCCAGUAGCGGCAUCUCCUGGGCCGCUAGUGGCGACUUCGGAACUAGAGGGGAAGAUUCAAGCACUUGUAGACCUAGGUUUCGAUAGAGCGGCUGCCCAGAAUGCGCUGCUUCUUUGCAACGGCAAUCAGGACCAGGCAGCAAGUUAUCUUUUUGGAGGUUAUGACUAAGCCAGGGAGCAGUCAAAUGUAUCUUCGUCAACCGCAUGCUUUGUCAAGGCGCCCUUUGAUGCACUGCAGUCAAGUAGGGCGCGACUAGCUUAGAAGCCCUGCUCAGGACAGUGUACGUGGCUUCGUCAGGGCGUUAAACGUCGAAGACGCAAGUGACUCGUAGUGACUCCAUGCGAUGCACCGCCGCUGCAUGGUAUGUCAAUUAUGUCAUGAUCAGCCAUGGCUUACAGGGACUCAAUCCACAAGCGGGGCAGCAUGCCAUAUCAUGAACAGCCUGCCGAUGAGACCAUGUCCCUUGGGCACGGAGGGUUUGAGACGUCACG